UGACCGAUGGAUGCUCUUCUGCCCGUGUCUCCGGAGAAGAAGGACGACGGCUACUUUCGGAAGGGUUGCAACCCCCUUGCACAAACUGGCCGAAGCAAACUGCAGAAUCAGAGGGCUGCCUUGAACCAACAGAUCCUGAAAGCUGUGCGGAUGAGAACGGGAGCAGAAAACCUUCUGAAAGCAGCCACGAACCACAAGGUACGCGAGCAGGUGCGCCUGCAACUGAGCUUUGUGAACUCAGACCUGCAGAUGCUCAAGGAAGAGCUGGAGGGGCUCAACAUCUCAGUGGGAGUCUAUCGGAGCACAGAGGAGACGUUUACAAUCCCGCUGAUUCCACUUGGCCUGAAGGAAACCAAGGAUGUUGACUUGUCAGUCGUUCUCAAGGAUUUUAUUCUGGAACACUUCAGUGAAGAUAGCUACCUAUAUGAGGAUGAAAUAGCAGAUCUUAUGGAUCUGAGACAAGUUUGUAGGACGCCCAGCCGGGAUGGGGCUGGGGUUGAGCUGCUGAUGAGUUAUUUCCUCCAGCUGGGCUUUGUUGAGAGCGGAUUCUUCCCGCCCACCCGACAGAUGGGGAUCUUGUUUACAUGGUAUGACUCCCUGACCGGGGUUCCAGUCAGCCAGCAGAACUUGUUACUGGAGAAAGCCAGCAUUCUGUUUAACGUUGGAGCCCUCUACACACAGAUUGGGACCCGGUGUAAUCGGCAGGUGCAAGCUGGGCUGGAGUGGGCAAUGGAUACGUUUCAGAAAGCCGCAGGGGUUUUGAACUACCUGAAAGAGACAUUUACUCACACACCGAGUUAUGACAUGAGUCCCGCCAUGCUCAGUGUGCUGGUCAAAAUGAUGCUUGCACAAGCCCAAGAAACCAUGUUUGAGAAAAUCUGCCUUCCUGGGAUCCAGAAUGAGUUCUUCAUGCUGGUGAAGGAGGCUCAGGAGGCUGCCAAGGUGGGAGAGGUCUAUCAGCAGCUGCACACGGCCAUGAGCCAGGCGCCAGUGAAGGAGAACAUCCCCUACUCCUGGGCCAGCGUGGCCUGUGUGAAGGCCCACCACUAUGGAGCCCUGGCCCACUACUUUGUAGCCACUCUCCUCAUCGACCACCAAUUGAAGCCGGGUACAGAUGAAGACCACCAGGAGAAGUGCCUGUCCCAGCUCUAUGACCACAUGCCAGAGGGGCUGACGCCCUUGGCCACGCUGAACAACACGAACCAGUGCCGACAGCUGGUCAAGUCCCAUCUGCGCAAAGCCAUUGCCCAUCACGAGGAGUCUGUGAGGGGAGUGAGCCUAUGCAAGAAGCUCCGCAACAUCGAGCUGCUGCAGGAGGUGCUGUCCGUGGCACACCAGCGAUCCCAGCUCAAAUACACGCAGCACCAGGAGGACGAUGACCUGCUGAACUUGAUCGAUGCUACUGACAUUAUUUCUAAAACUGAGCAAGAGGUUGAAAUUAUAGUGCCACAGUUCUCCAAGGUGACAGCAACAGACUUCUUCCAGAAAUUGGGUCCUUUGUCGGUGUUUUCGGCCAACAAGAGAUGGACACCUCCUCGAAGCAUUCACUUUACUGCGGAAGAAGGGGACUUAGGGUUCACCUUGAGAGGAAACUCUCCAGUUCAGGUCCACUUCCUGGAUCCUUACUGCGCUGCUGUGCUGGCAGGAGCCAAGGAAGGGGAUUAUAUUGUUUCCAUUCAAAAUGUGGAUCGUAAAUGGCUGACAGUAAGCGAGGUUAUGAAACUGCUGAAGAGCUUCGGCGAGGACGACAUUGAGAUGAAGGUUGUGAGCCACCUGGACUCCACCUCAUCCAUGCAUAAUAAAUGUGCCACAUACUCUGUGGGAAUGCAGAAAACUUACUCCAUGAUCUGCUUAGCCAUAGACGAUGAUGAUGAUAAGACUGGUAAAACGAAGACGAUCUCGAAAAAGCUUUUUUUCUUGAGUUGGGGCACCAACAAGAACAGACAGAAGUCCGCCAGCACCUUGUGCCUCCCUUCGGUUGGGGUUGUCAGGCCUCAAGUCAAGAAGAAGCUCCCGUCUCCUUUCGGCCUUCUUAACUCCGACAGUUCUAUGUACUAAUGUGAGGAAACAACGCUCAGGCCCAAAACAUUUCCAGUGCUGGCUAGGCCUUCAUAUUUGUGCCAUAACGGGAAAUUUCUAAAUAUCCUCAUCCUGUUUUCUCACAGUGUAACCUUACAAUGGAUGUCUAUGAGUGAAAGUAACAAGAAACUUCUAGAAAUGUGUGGAAAACAAAUUUAUUCAAGGAAUGUCACCAUAGUGCUGCAUGUUAUUUAUUAUACAAAGUAUUGUAAAUAGAAUAGUAAUGAAAAUAUGACUAUUUUUAAUGGCUACAACUAUGACUUUUAGUUACCAUCAAAGUUAAAUUGGGGUUACCUAUAUUGGUCUUAUUUGUAAGUUUCCAGGCUUGGGUAAUAGAUCAUUCCUUAACUCAGAAUCUAGAUGAGCCCAAAUUAAGGCAAUCAAGGGACCAUAACGAUGGGUUUAAAUUAGUAUUACUAAAAAGGUUACAAAGAGGUGCUUUCUAAGGGUACUUCAUUAACCAAAAAUGACAAGAUUUUACUACUAUUUCUAUAUAAUAUGAAUGCAAUUUCCAGAUAAAGCCUGGUAUCCAAUUUGUCAUGACUUUUUAGAUAAGCAGUUUUGGAGUAGCCUUCCUUCUAGUUACAUGUCAUUCACAAGUGGCUAACACAGCGGCAGUGUUAAAUGGAGAUGCUGUCUACAAGGUAGAUAAUAUACUGUUUGAUACUCAAAACAUUUUUCAUUUUGUUUAAAGUAGAAAGUACGUA